AUGAAGCUGCGGGCCCGCAACCGCAGCGGACGCGGGCGAAAAUCGCUCCGUGAGUUCUUAGCCUACAGAAGCUGCGGGCCCGCAACCGCAGCGGACGCGGGCGAAAAUCGCUCCAAACUUAAUAAUAUUGUUUUCAGGGACUGCUUUGCAGAUGAAAAAGUAUGUGAGAAAAAGGGUGAAGUUGGCAUUGACCCUGUUCCACAACAAAGAAGUAUGAAGUUGCAUACGCUGCAGUUUGUUCCACAUUUCCAAGUGAACCAACAAGUUUCAGCGUCGCUUCGAGUGUUCCUUCAAAUUGUUGCCGAGAACACGAAUAAAAGCUCAAUCAAAGUAGUCGGCAUCAACAACAGUCACAUUAACAGCUCAGUGUUUGAUGAAAUGAAGAAAAUUGGUUCUUUUGUAUAUGGCAUUAAAGUUGAUUACGAAGAAUUAAAUGAAUCAGAUCUCAAUUCCUCAAUAAAGGGCAUCGGCACGUUUCUUAAGAAUGCUGACCUAGCUAUCGUCCGUAAUUUAUCCACUAAUGAGAAUAUGUGUCAACUGCUACACUUUACGAUUCAACGGAACUCUUUCAUAGUGAGCGAAGAAGACAAUUUAUUCGGUGGCCGUACUCGUCCGAAGUCGUUGUACCAUACAGUCUGUGCCCAUAGUAACGCACGCUCACGGUUGGACUUGGUGCGUUGGCGCCCCACCAUGGAACUAAUGCCAACGACUGCCAUCACCGUGCCACAAGAUCUCGAUUUGUCCCUCCUCUCCGCUGCACGACAAAAUCUCCCAUCAAAACACCGUCUGCUCAUAGUAUGUCCCUACCCAGCCCCUCAAAACCUCAAAAGUCACGUUCAAAAAUGGAGAAAGGAUGUCGAACGUAACAACGUUUACUUAUUAACAGUCAAUAAGGAAGAAGGCAGCAGUUUCUUCAUAGAUGACUUGCCGGACAUCAAUUUGGCAUUCACUGUUUUUGAUCAUGGUAACUGGGGAGGAGAAUAUUAUAUACCUGUACGGACUAACGCGAGUGUACGCACUAAUGUGACGUUACAAAGCACCCAAGUGGGAGAUGCCAGUUCUUUGGAGUGGGUCGAUGCUACCGAGUCAUGUGGAACUGGAAUUCCAGUGACCGUACACUACGCUGGUUUAACUAGCUCAGAUUACAAAAAAGCUGUUGGACUAAAAUCUGUAAAACACACUGAAGAAAACAGUUACGGUAUGGAUUUCAGCGGAGUAACUGAGAGUGGUGAGCGCGUGAUGGGCCUGGUGGCUCACGGCGCGGCGAGCAGCGUGGUGCACGCCCGGCCGGAGCUGCUGUGGCCGGUGCCCGCGCACUGGACGCUCGAGGACGCCGCCACCGUGCCCCUCGCCUACGCACAUGCACUCUACUGCUUGGGCAUUAAAAAGCCAGCAAACCUAACACCUGAAACGACGGUGUUUGUGCACCGAGGGGACGGAACUUUUGGCCAAGCAGUUAUAUCCAUCGCCCUCGGGCACGGCUGUCAAGUAUACACGACAGUCUCACACAGAAGAAACAAGUUUUUCUUAUUGAAACUCUUCCCGACAUUACAAGCCGACCACAUCGGUAACUUAAAAGACCGUAACUUCAUAAAUACCGUCUUGAACGAUACCAAAGGAAAUGGCUGUGACAUUGUGCUGAGUUGCGUUAAAGGAGAUAUGAAAAAAACCUCAAUACUCUGCUGUGGAAUGGAUGAGAUUUGCUUAGAGUUUUCUCAACUUCAUAACACUAAUGAGGACAAUGCUGGCGGCUUAUUCAAUCUUAAGAAAACGAGAUCCUAUUCUGCUAUUGACUUUGCAAGAAUGCUUGCCAAUGAUAAUACAGUAGAAUUGAAGAUGUUGCAACAAAUGCUGAGUGAAGGUAUUUCCAAGGGCUACGUGCGCCCGUUGACACGCAUGUCGUACGCUCUGCACGAGGUAUCACACGCGUUCCAACUGCUAUCAGGCAGACAGCGCAGUAGGCUACUAUUGAAGAUGCAUGAACCAACACUUCAGACACCGCUCAGUGAAGAGAGAAUUGGUCUUGAAUUAGUUGAAAGGCUGGUGGCCCGUGGUGCUAAGAAACUGCACAUCCACACCAAUAAUAAUACGUCUGCAAAAUUCCAGUGUAAACUGAGGAUGUUGGAGAAAAUAGGUGUGGAAGUUCAAACAUCAUCAGUUAAAUUGGAACAAGAGAGUGAUCUAGUAUUACUACUUAAUGAUGCUAUCAGUAUGGGGCCAGUGCAGGGGAUAUACGUUGUCACCAAUGAUGAUGACAUGCUCGAAGAAAGAGUCUUGAUUCAUCUAGAUGCAGUGUCCAGAUCAUUUUGCCGUAACUUGAGAAAUUUUGUCCUAUUAAAUAUGGGAAAAACAGUGUAUGGAAAGGAAACUUGUUUAAUACGUCAUCAGAAUAAGUUACCAGCUAAAAUUAUAUGUCUACCUCAUCUUAAUAAUGAAAUAACAGUUAACGAAGCAGUGAAUGCUUUGGAAGGUGUGCUGUCUAGUGAUCAUACAGUUAUAGUAGCUCAAACAGAAGAAUUACUACGAGAUCAACCGGAAAAGUUUGCAAAAUUUGCUGAUGUACCUUUGACAGAGAGUAAAACAACUACAUUACAAGAAGUUAAAAUUAGGGGUGGAAUAGGAAUGCAUGAAGAUGUCAAAGGUGAAGCCACAUACUUUUCGUACGAGAACUCAGCGGAACUACAAAAAUCGACAAAUAUGCCAAGAAUGGUCAGCUGUGAUUUCUCGUCUGAAGAAGAAUGUGACUCCAGUCUGAUGUAUAUCUGCAGUAUGCACCAGUCCCAGUAGAAGCUGCUCCUGCCGUGGAUAGGACAGUUUUCCACAGUGACACACGAUUCUUCGCCUUUAUCACCAAAAUUGUGUAAUGUGUCUUUUAUUGCUUUCCAAACGGAUUUAUAUUUUGAUGGUGGAAAAUAAUUAGAAGUGUCGAG